UUUAAAAAAAAAAUAAAAAAAAUCCGAGUUCAAAUCCUUCACGGGUUGAAUGGAGACUCAAUUGGGAAAUCGCAGGAGAGCUGCAAAAUUUGAACAGCAGGAGAAUGUUUGGGGGUGUCAGAGAAUCUGAAUAAGGAAGACAAUGAAGAUUGUCGGGCAAAUACCUCGAGUGAAUGGAAGUGACCUUAGCUACGCAGAGUUCAGAGAAAAAUAUAUGAUGAGAAAUGAACCAGUUAUUCUCACCGGCCUUAUGGAUGGCUGGAGGGCUUGUACAGAUUGGGUCUCACAGGAUGGCCGACCAAAUCUAUCCUUUUUUUCCCAACACUGUGGAAAUUCUCUAGUACAAGUUGCAGAUUGUGACAGGAAGGAAUUCACAGACCAGAAGAGAAUUGAGAUGACUGUUUCGAAAUACAUAGAGUACUGGCACAACCUUGACUCCCAAAGGCAUGACAUGAAGAGAGAUGGUUCAUCCUUGCUUUAUUUGAAGGAUUGGCAUUUUGUAAAGGAAUUUCCUGGAUACAUUUCAUACACAACUCCAAAGUUUUUCAUGGAUGACUGGCUUAAUUUAUAUCUUGACAAUUUUCACAUGCAUGGCUUUCAAGCUGUAAAUGCAGGCAGUGAAAGUGAAGUGUCAUGCUCGGAUUAUCGUUUUGUAUACAUGGGCCCUAAAGGGACAUGGACUCCAUUACAUGCAGAUGUAUUCAGGUCAUAUAGCUGGUCAGCAAAUAUUUGUGGGAAGAAAGUCUGGCAUUUUCUCUCACCUUCUCAGUCACAUCUUUUAUAUGACAGGUACAUGAACGGAUCCAGUUUUGAUGCAAAUUUUCUAUCUUGUAGGUACAUGAAGCACACAGUCUAUGAUAUUUAUGGGGAUGUUUGUGCAAAGCAAUUUCCUGGAUUUUUUGAGACAUCUUGGCUUGAGUGUGUCCAAGAAAGAAAUGAAAUCAUCUUUGUUCCAAGUGGUUGGUAUCACCAAGUAAAGAAUGUGGAGGAUACCAUCUCAAUCAACCACAACUGGUUUAAUGCUUGCAACAUUUCAUGGGUGUGGAACCUACUCGUAAAAGACUAUAAUGAAACAAAAGAGUACAUUGAAGACAUAAGGAGUAUAGCUGAUGACUUUGAAAGUCUCUGUCAACGAAAUCUGGCAGCCAAUACAGGGAUGAACUUUAAUGACUACUUUGUCUUCAUCUCUCGAAUGGCUCUUGCAAAUGUAAUACAGCUCAUUGAUAUCUUGGAUUUCAGAAGAAAUAGUAUGGAACCUUCAGAAGUGGAAACAGUGCAACAACUUCUCUUCAAUUUAGCAUCCAUUUGUGAUGUUGCUAAAAAAUUGGAAACCAUUGAUUAUUUUGAUGGAUAUAGUAGGGAGCAUACAUUUGAUCUACAAGAAACAUCCGUGUUGUGUGCUAAUCUUGAGAUAUCAAAGGAUUUAAAAAUUCAUGAAUUAAAAGAAUCCUUGAAGGAAAAAUAUAGUUUUUUCCACAAUGUAAAUGUGGCAAACACCAGUGCAGACCUUGUUGAUGAAGUUGAGAACAAUGGAAGGAACUCAAUAUUUCAAGGAUCAGAGAAGAAAAGAUUUUUAAAAACAAAUGAGAGAGAGAUUACAUUCUCUGAUGAAAUCUUUUCUGUCAUGUUAAAAGACCACUCAACUGAAAAAUAUAGAGUCAAUAUUGUAAAUCCUCAACAUCUGGUCCAAAUUAUUAAUAAUAUCAUUACAUCAGCGAAAGAAAGGGCUCAUGGGGUUGUGACAUGACUCAACGAGGGUUAAACAAAUUAAUUAAUAAAUGUGAAAAGUGCUAAUGUUUUCCCUGUUUACAAGUACCGAUUUUACCAAUGAAAACUAAACAUGGAUUACAUUGA